CGAAAACAAGUACUCUUCCUUGAGGCGAAGCGUGGAAAGAAAUAGAGCGAUUAAUCGGUUCCACGAAUCACAGCGGUGCAAUGCUAUGAUGAGAAAGCACGAGUCGAGCACGCCAGUCAGGACAUAGGAGACACCCGAAAUGUGGGAGCUACCACACUGGAAGGGAACAACAGCGUACCACACGCAAGACGAUAUACCACAAUGUCGAAGAUAUGUACGAAUAUUGUACGUACACUGUACCAUAUACAGCACGGCCUGGCGUUAUAGAUGGAUUCGACAGAUACCGGGCAAAGGCCCUGGAAUGCACAACAUUAUCAUCUCAGAUGGGCACAACCUCACCUUGACUUUCUGUGUACAUCGCACACACCAGCAACAUCUCGAUAAGCACCUUCCCGUUCAUUUUCUGUUUAUUGCUCGGCUACUGUCCGGAGUUCAGCACCAGCACUUGUCGUUACGAGCACACUAAUUGCCAAGCCGAGCGGUUUUGAGCGGCGCUCGUUAUCGCUCUUGGCUACGCUCCUACCCU